UUAAAAAUAUAAAAAUAACUUAGAUUGUAAUCAUGUCGAAUUCCCUCAAACGAAUUCACAAAGAACUCAAUGAUCUAAGCAAAGAUCCUCCAGCAGGGUGCUCUUCCGGGCCAAUGAGUGAGGACGAGGAGGAUAUCAGAAAUUGGUCUGCAGCAAUUGUUGGUCCUGAUGAAUCUCCAUACUCUGGUGGGCUUUUCUUCCUCAACAUCACGUUCCCUCCUGACUACCCAUUUAAACCCCCAAAAGUGAUCUUUACCACCAAGAUAUAUCACCCAAACGUAAACUCCAAUGGAAGUAUUUGCUUAGAUAUUCUAAAAGAGCAAUGGAGUCCAGCAUUGACAAUCUCCAAAGUAUUAUUAUCAAUUCUUUCUCUGCUGACAGACCCAAACCCAGAUGAUCCGUUAGUCCCAGACAUCGCUCAGCUCUACAAAUCUGACAUUGAUAAGUACAACGAAAAAGCAGCAGAGUGGACCCAGAAUUAUGCCAAUCCUCUCAGUUAAGAGUAACUUUUGUAAUUGUUUCC